AUGCCACAAAUUCCGGAGUGCGUUCCCUUCUUCAUCUCUCUUCUAAUUGUCCUCAUAUUUGUCCCGUCGGCCUUUUGCGAUACGUGGGUGCACGUCAACGUUCAGAAGGUCGAAAGAAAGACGUGCCCGAUCGACGAAACGUCCUGGGGAACGGAGACGACUGGCUGCGCGGCUAUGAGCUACAUGACGGUUAGUUUUGAGUUCAAAAAACUUGGUGAAAUCAAUCUCUCCUUUUUACAGCUAGACGAACGAAUUCUGCCGCACCACGAACGUCGCUCUUCGAGCUUCGAGUACAUCAACGGCGUCGCGCGCCCGACGGUCACUCAUUGGCCGAAGGGACGGCUCGCCGACUGGAUGCUCUCGAUUCAGUUCAUCUCCGUGGACCCAGUGUACGGUCUGGCGAGAACUUGCGAUCGUUCCGGAUACGUUCGCGUCUUCCAGAACGAGUCGAGCGAAACGCCAGAGUUUGUAGAGCGCACGAUCCAAGUAAGUGGUCGAGAAGAGAAUUCAAAAACCAAUUUGUCUUUUUUUAGAUUCAAGGUCAAUGUUUCGUCGCAGAAGUUCGAGUGCAGGCUUCAACCGAAGUGUGUCCGUGGUGUGUCAACGAAUCAAAGUCGACCACGACGAGCACGACGACAGAAUCCGCACCGACGACGACGAUCGCCCCGUCCGCCUGGUUCUCCCUCGACGGCUCCAACGCUUCUCUGCUCGUCGUCACUCUCGUUCUCGCCUUCUUCUCGUUUCUCGCGCUCGUCGCCACCGCCGUCCUGCUCGUCGUCUACAUAAUCGACCGUCGCAAGCAGGACAUCUUCGAAAUGCCGCCACCCCAGGCGAACAGCACUAUCCUCUACAAAAGUGACACCGCCCCGUUAGGGACGAAAUCGCUGGAUCGGUGGGCCGAGUACGGAAGCGAGACGUGGUCCUCGUUCCAGCCGCUCGACAUCGAAGCCACGUUCAUUCCGCCGAGGGAGACGCACGUCUACAAAGUGUCCCAGACGGAUGAGGACUAUUCGAGCGACUCCGGACUUGCAUCUCUCUAA